AUGGUCGGACCGAUUCCCGGGGAAGGGGGGGAUCUCCGGUUUCCUCCCCCUCCUGCUGGAGGUGGUUCCUGCCAAGGUGACGUCAGGCCGGCGCUUGGAAGCCCCCAAACCCCACCCCACCCCCGCCGGCAGCGCCGGAUGGUUUGGCUCGGCUGUAGAGAAGCGGGAGGGGGACGAGACCAUUUGCGGAGAUAGGGGGGAGGGAUCGUCCACUUGGAGGCAGAGGGGAGCAGAAUGGGCCAUUUGUGGGGGGCAGAGGGGGAGCAGCCUGGUUCACUUGUGGGGAGAAGCCUGGUCCACUUGUGGGGGGCAGAGGGGGAGAAGCCUGGUCCACUUGUGGGGAGAAGCCUGGUCCACUUGUGGGGAGCAGCCUAGUCCACUGGUGGGGGGCAGAAGGGGGCAGUCUGGUCUACUUGUGGGGAGGAGCUUGGUUCACUUGUGGGGAGCAGCCUGGUACACUUGUGGGGGGCAGAAGGGGGCAGUCUGGUCUACUUGUGGGGAGGAGCCUGGUUCACUUGUGGGGAGCAGCCUGGUACACUUUUGGGGGGCAGAAGGGGGCAGUCUGGUCUACUUGUGGGGAGGAGCUUGGUUCACUUGUGGGGAGCAGCCUGGUACACUUGUGGGGGGCAGAAGGGGGCAGUCUGGUCUACUUGUGGGGAGGAGCUUGGUUCACUUGUGGGGAGCAGCCUGGUACACUGGUGUGGAGCAGACGGGUGCAGUCUGGUCUACUUGUGGGCAGGAUCCUGGUUCACUUGUGGGGGGCAGAAGGGGGCAGUCUGGUCGACUUGUGGGGAGAAGCCUGGUCGACUUGUGGGGAGAAGCCUGGUCCACUUAUGGGGAGAAGCCUGGUCCACUUGUGGGGAGAGGCCUGGUCCACUUGUGGGAAGAAGCCUGGUCCACUUAUGGGGAGAAGCCUGGUCCACUUGUGGGGAGAGGCCUGGUCCACUUGUGGGAAGAAGCCUGGUUCACUUGUGGGGGGCAGAAGGGGGCAGUCUGGUCUACUUGUGGGGAGGAGCCUGGUUCACUUGUGGGGAGCAGCCUGGGACAAUGGUGGUGGCGGAGGGGGGAGCAGCCUGGUCCACUUGUGGGGAGAAGCCUGGUCCACUUGUGGGGAGAAGCCUGGUCCACUUUUGGGGGGCAGAGGGGGAGCAGCCUGGUCUACUUGUGGGGAGCAACCUGGUCCACUUGUGGGGGGCAGAGGGGGAGGAGCCUGGUCCAAUUAUGGGGUGCAGCUUGGUCCACUUGUGGGGGGCAGAGGGGGAGCAGCCUGGUCUACUUGUGGGGAGCAACCUGGUCCACUUGUGGGGGGCAGAGGGGGAGCAGCCUGGUCCACUUGUGGGGAGAAGCCUGGUCCACUUAUGGGGGGCGGAGGGGGAGCAGCCUGGUCCACUUGUGGGGGGCAGAAGGGGGCAGUCUGGCCUACUUGUGGGGAGGAGCCUGGUUCACUUGUGGGGGGCAGCCUUUUCCACUUGUGGGGGGCAGAGGGGGAGCAGCCUGGUCCACGUGUGUGGGGCAACCUGGUCUACUUAUGGGGGGCGGAGGGGGAGCAGCUUAGUCCCCUUGUGGGGAGUUGCUCUUUGACUCUUAUAACCGAAGCUUGCCCCUGAGCAUGCGCAGAGUGCCUUUGCUUCCCCCCAUCGCUGACCCUUCCCUUCUCCUGUUUCAAACUCUAGGCCCCUCGCCUGACGCCCCGGGGAGCAGCAUGGAGCGCCGGCCCCACGCCCCGCGACGCCUGCCAGGCCAGGUAGGGCACCCACCUUUAGCUGCUACCUUUCAUGAGGCGGGGAGUUCCCCAGAUUGCCAGAAGCAGGGUAGUUUUUCCUGCUAGCUAGGGAUCAUGGGAAUUGUAGUCCCAAAGAGCUGGGACAUUGGGAAUUGUAGUUUUCCAUGGGAAUCUUUGGGACUCCCCGCCACUUGACGCCCCUUCCUCUCCCCCAGGAUUCGCACUGA